AUGGAUGGUUUACUAAGAUGUACGGAUCAAAAACAGCUUUCAGAAUGGAUCGGCAGGGAAUGUCAUUUUAGACUUCUGUACAAAAUCACUCGAGACGGGGGGUCGUCAGAGAAAUUUCAUGAGUUAUGUGACAACAAAGGGCCGACAGUAACAAUCUUUUAUAAUACCGGUAGCAAUGUGUACGGAGGUUAUCUGUCGGAAAGGUGGAGUUGUAGUGGUGUAUGGGCCACAGAUCAAAAUGCAUUCCUGUUUAAGUUGUAUACUGCUGCAAAUUGGAUGCCUAAAAUAUUUCACUAUAUAAAAGGUAAAGGCAAUAACUAUUAUAAAGAUUUGAAAUGUGGUCCAUGUUUUCAGAAUCUGCUAUCUUUUGAAAACUCUGUCGUUUUUAACAAAACUAGGAGUUGUUUUCCACUGAAAACUUCAAAUCUCUUAAAUGGAUCACACUUUGAUAUGGGCGAAGAAACUGGAUUUUCAGUAGCAAAUGGACAUAAUAAUGUAACAGACCUUGAGGUUUACCUUGUAAAAGAUGGUCCAUUUGUUGAGGAAGCAUGGAGGGAAUCUCCGGAGUGGAAUUUACAGGCGUGUCAGGAAUUGAAGGAAAAUAUCAUCAGGCAUGAGCCAUUCGAAGAAGCCAAUGUACCUGAAUCAAAUAUUCUUCUUGUUGGACAAGUGGACGCGGGUAAAUCCAGUUUUCUGAAUACUAUUAAUUCAAUAUUCAAAGGAAAGAUAUCAUCUCGGUCAUGUUCAGGAAGUACUGAAAACAGUUUGACAAAAAGUUUCGGAAAAUUCCAUAUUCGUGAUCCUACGUCAAAGAAACGUUUAAAAUUCAGCAUCUGUGAUACACGAGGGAUUGAGGUGGAACUCUCCAUUAAGGAUGAGGAUAUUGGGUUUACUCUGGAUGGAAAUCUGCCCAAUCACUACACUUUCAAUCCAUUUGAAAAAGCCUCGACCAAAGUUCCUGGAUUUGUAAAGGAUCCGACAUUGAAGGACAGAAUGCACGUUGUUGUUUUUGUUAUUGAUGGAAGCACGCUCGAUGUUCUUCCAGAGAUCAUCAUUAAAAAACUCAAAUACAUCAAAGCGCUCGCUGAAGACAGAGGUAUACCUCAACUAGUAUUCUUGACAAAAAUGGACAAAAUAUGUGAACAUGUUAAAAAGGAUAUCAGCAAUAUGUUCACAAGUGAAAUUGUCGAAGGAGCUGUGAAUAAAGCUGCUAACAUCAUUGCCAUUCCAAGAUCCCAUGUGUUUCCGGUGAAAAACUAUGAAAAAAAAACCAAACUUCACACAAAUUUGGACAUCGUAGCUCUCGGCGCCCUGUACCAAGCUCUCGUGUUUGCAGACGACUUCUUAGAAAAUCAAUGUGACGUAAAACAAGGUGGUACAGGAGAGUUGAAUACAAAGGACUAAGCUUAAAAGCGAAAGUAAUAAAGCAGACUUUAUUUUAUUUAUGUGUAUCAUCAUUUACAAAAACAAUGGAUGAACAGAAUUUUUUUCUUCGAUUGUUCAAGUCACUCAUGCAUGUAACUUUAUUAAAUGGAGUGCACGAGGGAUGUUCCAAACUAAUGACAAUUUGAUGUUUUCAAAAUUUAUUAAUCUUCGAUUUUUUUUUUUUUUGCGUUCCUUCACUUCAAAUUACUCAUCCUUGACCUGAAUACACAUUUUAAACGAUCGAUUACCUUCUUAAACAAUAUUCAUACUCAUCAAUAACGACAACCAUCAUAUAUAGAUAAAUUGCAGACCCAAUAGCUGAUUGAUUGUAUACUGUUUAACGUCCCUCUCCAGAAUAUUUCACGGAUAUGUCACCAUUGCCGGUGAAGGGCUGCAAAUUUAGGCCUACGCUCGGCACUUACGGCCUUUGAGCAGGGAGGGAUCUUUAUGGUGCUACACCUGCUGUACGGUCUCAUCCGAAGGACCGUCCCAUUUAGUCGCCUUUUACGACAAGCAAAGGGGUACUGAGGACCUAUUCUAUCCCGGAUCCAAACGGGGCCAAUAGUAAGUUGUGAUCUGUAUCAUUUCCAAAAUAUCGGGAGUUUAAGUUUGGAGAGCGGAUAGAAGUCACAUGGAGCUAAAUCCAGGACAUCGUUGUGCGAACGUUCGAGAUACUUCAUGCCUUUUUUCCCUUCAACACAAGAGUUUGCAUAACAAGGCCUUUAUUAUCAAAGAAAAUAACAUAUAAAAUUUAGAAAUCAACCUACAAACAGAUCUAAGAAACAUUUGGCUACCUUUUAUAAAGGUCUUAAUUUCAUGUCUUUGAGUGCCCUUUUUCCAGUCUUAUUGUUUUAAGUAUAAUUAAUACACCAAAAAGCAACGCACACCGUAGCUACAUGUAAGUAACUAAAAUUAUGAACAUGAAAUUUUAUUCUGCUACUGUUUAUAGAUCAAUCUAACGUGUCAAUGUUGUUUCAGUGAGAUAUUUACAAGAUUUUAACGCGAAGAGGGUGAAAAGGCAUUAUUCUUGGUACAAUCCUCGUCCAUUUCCUCUAAUGACAAAAGAACAUCAUACUAAAGUCAAAUCCACUUGCCUAUUUUUUCAAUAUAUUAACAUUAGUCAGUAGUAUGUUAUUCUCUCCCUCUCUCUAUUUCUCUGAAGGUAUGCGUGUGUUUCAAUAGAUUUUGAGAAAAAUUUCAUCUUAUUUACUUCUUAACUUUAGAAUUAUCUUGCAUGUAGACAUAUAUA